AUCAUUUUAGGAGCCUCAGACCAGCACUGCUCAGACAUUGCCUUGCUGCCACGCACAUGAGCAAAUCCCCUAAUCACCUUCUCUCCUAUUUUGCAGGUAAACCUUGUUUAUACAACAUCUGCCUUCUCCAAAUUUUAUAAGCAGGCUGUCGUUGCAGAUGUCAGCAGCAACAACAAAGGUGGCCUCCUUGUCCACUUUUGGAUUGUUUUUGUCAUGCCACAUGCCAAAGGCAGCAUUUUCUGUGAGGACUGUGUGGCAGCCAUCUUGAAGGACUCCAUCCAGACGAGCAUUAUAAACCGGACCUCUGUGGGGAGCUUGCAGGGCCUGGCUGUGGACUUGGACUCUGUGGUACUAAAUGUUGGGCUUCGAUCAGAUUAUUCUUCAACCAUAGGAUCUGACAAAGGCUGCUCUCAGUACUUCUACGCAGAUCAUUCCUCUCUCCGCUACCCUCUGGAGGUCUCCGCAACCUCCGGGCAGCUGAUGUGUCACUUCAAGCUGGUGGCCAUAGUGGGCUAUCUGAUUCGUCUCACCAUCGAGUCCGUUCAACUGGAAGCUGACAGCUGUGUCACUGACUCACUCACCAUUUACGAUGCCCUUUUGCCAAUCCGGAGCAUGGUUUUGUACAGACUUUGUGAACCCACAAGAGCACUAAUGUCAUUUGUUUCUACAAACAAUCUCAUGUUAGUGACACUUAAGUCUCCCUACAUACGGAGGCUGUCAGGAAUCCGGGCAUACUUUGAGGUCAUUCCAGAGCAAAAAUGUGAAAACACAGUAUUGGUCAGAGAAAUCACAAGCUUUGAGGGGAAAAUUUCAAGUCCAUAUUAUCCGAGCUACUAUCCUCCAAAAUGCAAGUGUACCUGGAAAUUUCAGACUCCCCUGUCAACUCUUGGGAUAGCACUGAAAUUCCAUAACUAUGCAAUAACCAAGAAGGGAGCAAAAGGCUGUGAGCAUGGAUGGUGGGAAAUCAAUGAGCACAUGUACUGUGGCUCUUACAUGGAUCACCAGACGAUCUUCCGUGUGCCCAGCCCCCUGGUUCACAUUCAGCUCCGGUGCAGUUCAAGGUUUUCGGACAAGCCACUCCUGGUAGAAUAUGGCAGUUACAACAUAAGUCAACCUUGUCCUGUUGGAUCUUUUAGAUGCUCCUCCGGUUUGUGUAUCCCUAAGUCUCAGCGCUGUGAUGGAGUGAAUGAUUGUUUUGAUGAAAGUGAUGAACUUUUCUGUGUGACCAUCAAACCUGCCUGUGAUGUUACCCACUUCUGGCAGCCUGGCCCUCUGGUCUGCGAUGGUUUCCAGGACUGUGAGAAUGGCCAGGAUGAGCACAACUGCACGCAGAGCAUUCCAUGCACCAACAAAACAUUUAAGUGUGACAAUGAUAUUUGCUUUAAGAAGCAAAAUGCAAGAUGUGAUGGGAUAGUGGAUUGUCCAGACGGAAGUGAUGAAGAUAGCUGUAGCUGCAGCAGAACUUCCUCAUCUCUGCACCGAAUAGUUGGGGGAGCAGACUCACAGGAGGGGGCCUGGCCAUGGCAGGUCAGCCUCCACUUUGUCGGAUCUGCCUACUGUGGUGCCUCGGUCAUCUCCAGGGAGUGGCUUCUCUCUGCAGCCCACUGCUUCCAUGGAAACAGGCUGUCAGACCCCACUCCAUGGACUGCUCACCUUGGGAUGUAUGUUCAGGGAAAUGCCAAGUUUGUUUCUCCAGUGAGAAGGAUUGUGGUCCAUGAGUACUAUAACAGCCAGACUUUUGAUUAUGACAUUGCUUUGCUACAGCUCAGUAUUGCCUGGCCUGAAACCCUGAAACAGCUCAUUCAGCCAAUAUGCAUUCCUCCUGCAGGCCAGAAAGUGCACAGUGGGGAGAAAUGUUGGGUAACUGGCUGGGGACAAAGGCAUGAAGCAGGUAAUAAAGGCUCCCCUGUUUUGCAGCAAGCAGAGGUAGAACUCAUUGAUCAGACCCUCUGUGUUUCUACCUAUGGGAUUAUCACUUCGAGGAUGCUCUGUGCUGGAGUGAUUUCAGGCAAAAGAGACGCCUGCAAAGGAGAUUCAGGUGGACCUUUGUCUUGUCGAAGAAAAAGUGAUGGAAAAUGGAUUUUGACUGGCAUUGUUAGUUGGGGACAUGGAUGUGGAAGACCAAACUUUCCUGGUGUUUACACAAGGGUGUCAAAGUUUGUUCCCUGGAUUCAUAAAUAUGUCCCUUCUCUUUUGUAAUUUAUACCAGUUGGAUUUUAAAAAUUGUGAUCCAUGUGAUAUUCUUUUAAAAGAAUGCAAUAAUUAUCAACAAAUGAGUCAUUUAAUGUUUUUUAAACUGGAAAUAUCAGAUUGUAUAUUUGAUUUUUUUUUUAUUGGUACACGUUUGUAGUACAUAAUGAUCACAUCCCUUGUGGAGAGUUGGGACGUGUGCGUAACACAUCUCACUUCUUUUUUCAUCCCCUUUCCUCCCCAUCCCAUCUCUUGAUCCUCUUCCCAUU